UGUGAGUUUCGCACGACGGUUUUUGCACGUGUUUAGAGAUAGUCUCUUCUUAGGGAAAAACAUCAUGUCACCAAAUAUACUGUGGUUCUAUUUGGGACUACUAGGCUACACAUACGAAUUAAUUUUCUUAUGAGUUCUGAUGAGGCAUUUGUUAUGUUGGAUGGGAUACCUUCCGAUACGGGCUCCAUUACCUCUGAGGCACCAUCGGAAGAUGAAAUUGAUGCAGAUGAGUGUAUUAUGAACUCAACUGAAGAUUUGUCAGAAAAUAGACCUGAUUUGCCAGUACCAACAAGCAAAGAAGUUUUGGACUACGACAGUCUUCUUUUGGCGACAUUCAUACAUCAGUGGACUAGUAAUUCGGCACACGCUAACACCCCGCAUCCUUUUCAAAAACCGGUGGACCAAAUAUGCCCGAACAUGCAGAUUCAUCAACUGAUAUUUUUCUGUUUGUUUACAAAGGAGCUCAUAGAAAAAAUUGUUUUUGGAUCAAAUUUAUAUGCAACACAAAUAACUAAUAAUAACCGUUUUAUUCCCACGACAUAUGACGAAAUUUGACUUUGUUUAACUGAUAAAUCGAACUGUUUUUACGCAUUCC